UUAGUUAUUCAAAUUAAUGCAUAACAAGUUUAUAGUGAGUAAUCGGAAUUGUCUUUUUUAUUUAAAGUUGAUUUUUAAAAUUAUUUCUCUCGUGUAACACCGGUAAUAAAAAAAGAAUCGCGCCAGUUAAUCAGACAUUGGCUUUCCCUAAUGGUUUUCUCUGGAAACGUAUAGAGGGGAGGGCUCUAUUUAAACACAUGUUUAUAGAUUUUUCAAGAUUGUUUGUUUCAAAACUCUCGAUGUUUAUGCAGAUAAUACUUGCUGAUAGUGUGUGAUACUGGUGUGAACUUUCACUCGAAAAAUAAUAAUAAAUCUCAGAAACAUGAAAGAUCAAACGCUUAGUCACAUUUAAACCACACGCAUCUCUGAAAAUGAACAUCUCUUGGAGUUUGCUUCUGCUGCUAGUUUAUUUUGACGUGUCAGUGUCUAUUAUAAUGCAGUGUAACCCUGAAUUGAAUCCAAACUGUGAGUGUUUUCCCAUCGAACAAGGAAUAAGCUUCCAGUGUCCUCCGUUUUCGAGUACGCUAGAACGCAACGGAAAAUUCUCAGUUACAAUUACAAAUACAAAAUUGUUAAUCUCCUGCCACGAAAACACGACAUUUCCAAAUUUUUUACCAAACGUGACGGUUGGUGAAAUCGACAGACUUAAGUUCCAGGGAUGUGAUACGCCACCGGUGAACAUCAGAACAAUAAUCCAACAUUUUUCCUUGAAAGCAGUUAAAGUUGUAGAAUUUCAUAACUUUGUGAUCGAUUUGUCAGACGACUACUUCGAAGGAUUGUUUGAUGUAGACAGAAUUAAGCUGGCCAGUUUGAACCUUUCAUUCCAGGGGUCAAAAGUUUUUUCGGAGGUGCCCAACUUGCGUAAUUUGAAUAUGGAAAUGAACACUAACUUGCGACUGAAAGAAGGCCUUUUUGACAACUUGACAGAGUUAGAAUUUUUGAAUCUCAUGGACGACGACUUAGAGGAAAUACCUAAAGAUGCAUUUCGCGACUUGAAAAAUUUGGAACUGCUUUAUCUCGGGCAAAACCAUCUAAAAAUAAUAACAAACACCACGUUUUCUGGAUUGACAAAUUUGAGAAAACUAGGUCUUGCAAACAAUCAGAUUGAAAGUGUUCCUAGUCAAGCUUUCGAAGAUCUCAUCAACUUAAAAUUUCUCGAUUUAUCUUACAAUAAACUUACGGAGCUGCCUGCUUCCGUCUUCGAAAAUUUGAAGAAAUUGGAGACGCUUAACUUAACAGCAAAUCUCGGUUUAAAACUGUCGGGUUAUCGAUUUGCCAAUAUAACUUUACUAAAGACUGCCAAUUUGGCCAGAUGUAGAUUGGAAUUCUUGCCUGAAAAUCUUUUCCAAUAUUUGGUAAACUUGGAAGACUUGAAUUUAUCUGGUAACAGGUUUAAGUUUGUCCCGAUGUUGAAUCUAUCGAGUUUGAAGGUUCUAAACAUGGACGACAAUCUAAUCAGUUGGGUCAAUAAAAGUGCGCUGGUCUAUCUGACAUCGCUAGAAAAAAUUGACUUGUCUAGAAAUCAGAUUCGAAAAGUUUUUGGUUCUUUUUCUAACGAUACUUUGAAGAAGAUUUACAUGUCUGAGAACAAAUAUUGUAAAUCAGUGACAAACAUUCUUCAAGGUACCACAAAAGUUGAAACUCUAGAUCUUAGUUUUAACUGUGUGACACAAGUGGAUGACAUCUUCACGAAAAAUAACACCAGAAGUCUGAAAACUUUGAACUUGAGUUACAACAAUAUCACCACGUUUCAAGUAAAGAAUUUAAAGUGGACUAAACCAAUAGAUAUCAAUCUCGACCACAACAAUAUCUCCUUUGUACGUUUUAACAAGAACCAACUUAGACUCAGUUCCUCUACGAACGUGUCAGUUUCGUUGCUCAGCAACCCCCUCAGAUGUGACUGUAACAACUACGAUUUUGUUCAACACGUGCAAAAACAAAAAAAGGAACCGUCGAAACUUACGUUUUUGGAAAUCGACAAUUUAAAGUGUUUUGAAAAUGAAAACAAAAAUAUAUUGAGAGUAUCACCGUCACUAUUGACUUGUCAUUUGAACACACCCAACGUUACAGAGUGCGGUUACAUCUGGCGACCGUUUGAUAAUUCCAUGGUUGUCAACUGUAGCAACAGAAAUCUGACCACGUUUCCUCUAAUUGAUCAAGAUAUCAUGAAGUCGUACAAGUUUAAUCAAACUGAGCUACACCUGGAAAGAAAUCAGCUGACAGAUGGACUUUUUGGAAAUGAUUUUGGUUACAAAAAUGUAACCAAGCUGUAUCUUUCGCACAACAAAAUUAAAAGUAUUGACUGGUUACCACCAAAAUUAGAGGUGUUGAAUCUAGAUAACAACGAGCUUAGCUACCUUAAUUUUAAUGUUGUAAAUAUUUUAAACCACUCCAACUUAGUUAGUUUUGUCUUCAGUCAUAAUCCAUGGAAGUGCGACUGCAGUAAUGCUCAUUUUACCAACUUUCUGAGAAAUUUCUCAAAGAAGACUGAUGUUCAGAAGAUCCACUGCUUCAACAACCCAGAAACUCUUCUAGUCAACCUUCAUCCAAACGAUUUCUGCUGGCAGUGGACCAACGACUACUACUACAUCAUUAUCCUCAUAAUCUUCAUCCCUGUAACCCUCUGCCUCGUCCUAUACCACAUCAACCCCCGCAAAACUAAAUUCUACCUCUACAUGAUCUCCGGGAGGAGAUGGUUCCAACCUGACGAUUUUGACCACCACAAAAUUUACGACGCUUUCGUCAGUUACUCCCACAAAGACGAAGACUUCGUGACGAAAACUCUAGUUCCCACACUGGAGGGCUACCAGAAACCUUACAAACUGUGUCUGCAUUAUCGCAACUGGGUCCCUGGGGAACUCAUCACGACGAAUAUUUUAAAUUCGGUGCAGGAUUCGCGCAGGACUGUGAUCGUGCUUUCCAGGAAUUUCCUGGAGAGUGUGUGGAGCAAGAUGGAGUUUCGUGUUGCACAUGCCCAUGCCAUGAGGGAGAAAAGGACUCGGCUGAUUGUUAUAGUGUAUGGUGAUGUGGAUUUGGAGGAAGUGGGUGAGGAGUUGAAGACGUAUAUGAAGAUUAACACUUAUGUGAAGUGGGGUGAUUCGUACUUUUGGGAUAAACUGAGGUAUGCUUUGCCUCGGAAGGGCAGGGCGAGUAGUGACGGUGGAUAUCGAAAAGCUUGUCAUAUUUCGUACACAUGAAAAAUAAAUAACGUCGAAUUUAA